AUGUCCCAUGUCAAAUUCUUGGGUGCAGUCCUCAAGGAAUUCUCGCAAAAUGUGUUUGGAUUGAGGAAUAAAUGUGAGAGCACUCGACAACUUGAUGGUCAGGUUGUGGUGAUAACCGGUGCCAACACUGGUAUCGGUAAAGAGACUGCACUUCAACUGUCACUUCGAGGAGCAAAAAUAAUAAUUGGCUGUCGAGAUAUGAGUAAAGCUAACGGUGCUAUUGAUGAUAUUCGAGCCAAGAAUCCAAAGGCAAACAUAAUUGCAAUAAAACUGGAUUUGUCUUCAUUAGCAUCGGUUCGCGAGUUUGCGAAGAAUGUGUCACAAAUUGAGUCCAAUAUAGACAUACUUAUCAAUAACGCGGGGAUUGGGAUGUGUCCUGAAUGGCAGACCAAAGAUGGAUUUGAAAUGCAAUUCGGAACCAAUCAUCUAGGUCACUUUCUACUGACUCUCUCACUGUUACCACUGUUGCAAAAGUCACCCAAAGCUAGGGUUAUAACCGUGUCGUCCAAUACACAUAAACUGGCAAAAAUCGAUUUCGAAAACAUAAACCUCCGAAACGGCGCCUACACUACAAUGAAAGCCUACAAACAGAGCAAACUGUCCGGUGUUUUGUUCAUCCGAGAACUGGCCAAACGGUUGGGCCUAUCGAGUACUGUCACCACUUAUGUCUUACAUCCGGGAACUAUUAAAUCGGAUCUCUCGAGGAAUAUGGAGAGCGGGAAAGCAUUGUAUGAUUUGUUGACAACUUUACUCUACAUAAAGCUUGAUAUAGGAUGUCAGACAACACUGUAUUGCGCUCUCGAGGAAAGUCUCGACAAUGAAUCCGGAUUUUUCUAUAACAAUUGUCUUCGCGACGCCUUAUGGGCCAACGGAACGGAUGAUAAAAGUGCUGAAAGACUAUGGAAUCUAAGCUGCGAUUUGGUUCAACUCGAAGAUCACCUCAAACUUCCCUCGAAAGUCACUAACGCCUGGGAUAACAAAUGA